GAGGUCUCGUGUGCUUUUAAACUGUGCAUGAAUGAUCAAGGAAGAAACACAGCAAGCAAGCCAGCCACGAAGACUCGAGGAAUAUCUCACAAGUUAAACUAGAAGAACUAAGAAAAAAACAACAACAACAAUAACUCUGAAAUAAACCACAGUGUAGACAAACACGCAUCUGGCGACCUUUAACAUUAUAGUUUAUUUGUGUUUGUUUAAAAAGAAGGCAAAGGAAUUUUUUUUUGUUUGUUGCUGAUUACAUAACAUUUUUGGAAAAUGCAAAAACUCUGCGCACUUCUCGUCUUAUUUUUCCUGGCAUCGGUUUACACUGAAUCGCAGGUGAGGGAGACAGAAACAUGGGUCCCUUCUGAUCAGAAAUCAGGUGAAGACGUCGAUGUCUCCUCUGGCGACUUUCCCAACAGCUCUGACUUCGGCUUCAUGAACAAGGAUGAGCUCGACACUUACGAUGAUGAGGAUGACGAAGACGACGAGGACUACGAGGUCUCUGGUUCCGGCGAUGAAGAUGAUGAUGAGGAGGAGGAGGAAGAGGAAGUUGUAAUUGAGAAUCCCAAAGACUACAAUGACGUGGUUUCAAAGUCUCAGCCGGACCUUAACAGCAACAGAAUCCCUGAAGACGAGAGGACUGUCGGCAAGAAGAACGAGGUGGAUGAGAAGGAGCUGGUGUCCCAGAACGAGGUGGGGGUGAGGAGCAAGGCGCCCAGGGAUGACGUUGACACCAACGUGCUCAUGGCAAGCACUUCAAACGAGAGCAUGUUUCAAAGAACAGAGGUCUUAGCAGCUCUGAUCGCUGGGGGUGCCGUUGGCCUGGUCUUCGCCGUCCUCCUCGUCCUCCUCCUCAUCUACCGCAUGAAGAAGAAGGAUGAAGGGAGCUACGAGCUCGCCAAGAAGCCCAUCUACACGAAAGCCCCCACAGCCGAGAUCUACGCAUAGAGCCCGGUAUGGACUUCAUACCAGCGGGGCCUCCAGCGCGCGGGAAAGACUUUCUCUGCUACGUGUAUGCCUAAAGCAACAAACUUCAGACUUGGUCAUGCUUAGAACAAUUCAAAUAGAUUGCAGGAGAUCAAACAAGAACUACAACAAAAGAGAACCCACAAGCUUCAGUAGAAUUGUGAAACAGAAGUGACCUGAAGAAGGGUGUUGUUGUUGGGGCUGUUGCUACUGCAGCCACUCGAGGGUCGGGGUGGGGUUAGGGGGCGUGUAAAAGUAUUGGAUAAAGAACAUGUUUUUAAAGAAUGCCCAGAGGUGAGGUUUAAUGCACCAAGUCUUAGAUCAGUCGUUUUUAGGCCCUUUUUGUUUUGUGUUUUGUUUUUUACAGCAACUUUAUUUUGACACUAAUAUGAUGCAAAAGAACUAUGAAAUUGUCGGGAGUUAGCCCUGGUGUUAGACCAAAUCAAAGACCCAGCUCUGGUGCUGUUGGACAGUGCUACUAGUGUUUGUUUCUUGAAGGAAACGGACCUUCAUUCCUCGAGGCGACUCGGAGCAGGGUCUCAACAGACACCGUAUACCAAAUGCUUCACGUUAACGAAAGCCAAAUUCUUUUUUUAAUGUCAAUGUUGCAAAUGUUUUGGCUGCAUAUUUCACAGCUGCUUUGAAUUGAGUUUGUUGUAAGCCUCCCUGGGUUGACUACAGUCUCUUGUGGAGUGUACCCUGGGAGUGCUCGUCUGCUUCUGUAUUUGAAUAGAAAUGCUGUGCUGUUUUUAGGUUUGUAGAAAUUUCCAAAAUAAAUAUUGUUUUCUAUUAAUUUAACUAUUCAAAAUUAUUGUAUUGCCUUUUUUUGUUUUUCAGUGGGGGGAGUAUUGCUUUACACCCCCUCUCUAAGUUGUUGUACAUGUGUUAAAUUUUAUAUACUCUCUUUUUCAAAUGUUCAGAAAUAGUUUUAUAACAGUUUUUAUAUUGUAAAAGUUUAUUUCAUUUUAACCGUUACUGUAAGCAGUAUAUUUUGUAGAAGGAAAGAAAAUAUAACUUCAGGGCUUUAUUAUUAUUUUGUAUUUAAUUUUUGCUUUUAAAAAUGACCCGUGUGCCAUGUGCAUGGCAAACCUGCUGCUGUUUCAAACCGGACAUGAAACACUACUCUGUAGUGAUGUGACUCAAACGCGCACCUCGCAUUCAUUCAGGAGUGCAGGGUCUUGCAAUAUUGUUUUGGGAGGUCAAGGGUUAACCUCAGAAAGCCUGCCCGCAUGUUACUGACUCCUUGUUAAACUAACCGCGCUUAUCAGCAGCCGUUCAAUCUGGUUGUUGAAAUGUAGCGUGUUUCUGAUAUCCUGGUACAUAUUCUGGUACUAUAAAGUAACUCUGAGAUGAGUGCUUUCAACAGAUAUAUAUAUUUUUUUUGGCAGGGAUUUUUAGACCAGCUAUUAUUUAUUGGUGUCUUUUUAGAAAUAUUUGUUCAUAUUGGCUGUGGCCGUUUUAUGAGAGAGAAUCAUACAUGUUAACAGCUUCAAACUUUUUUUUUUUUUAUUUUUAAGCUGGUCGUUUUCAACAGGUUGUCGCCCCAAAAAUGGGCAAGUGAAUAUUUCUCAGUUUAAAUCUGUGUUGGUUAUUUUAUCUAACAGGCAGCCUCGUUGGUCUUGCUAACCUUAUUACUGAAAGACUGAGCUGUCCUUCUCUACUUACAAGCACAAUACAGGAGAGGAAACUGUUUCUUUUGUUUUCUCUCCCAUAAACUAACCCUGCUAACUGCAGCCAGUGUAUCCCUGAUGCAUGCUGCACAAUUUAAACCAUUUAAAAAGAACAAAAGAAAAGGGGCCUUAAUCCCUUUAGACCGAAUCAUGAAGCUAAAUGGUUUUUCCAGUCACAUACCUGUCGAUUUAAAGCUAUAUAUUUUGGUACAGAAGGUACCGUAAUGUUUGUGUUGGGAUACAUGUGCAUGUAAAUACUGGCGUCCCGUCCUGUCCACUCUCUGAUGGAGAUGUGUUGUCUUGCCCUCUGUUUUUUUUUUUGAUUGUUUUUUUUUUUCUCUUCUGUACAUACUGUAAUCAUAUUUGAUUUCUGAUGUUUUAUUAAAGAUCUGUUUACUCCA